GAGGAGGAGGAGGUGUCAACAACAUUUCGGGGGUUUCGUGGGAAGUCGCUCUCGCGUGAUUUGGUGACGGAGAACUUAUGCGUCCGAGAGGAAAGUCAGGAACCAACUUCGGUGAACUAGCGGGUUUUUGAGCCUUGUGCUGGCGAUGGGGGACAUGAAGACCCCCGACUUUGAUGAUUUGCUGGCAGCUUUUGACAUUCCUGACAUCGAUGCCAAAGAAGCCAUUCAGUCAAGUCCGGACGAGGACCGGGACGAGGUGGGGAAUAACGCGGACGAGGGGGAGAGCGCGUCUCCGUCGUGCUUUCCCUGCCCUCCUGCGUCACACGCCGACCCCCCUGUGGUCAGCGUUAUCGUGAAGAACACGGUGCGGUCGGAGUCUUUCGAAGAGGAGGAGAAGUCUGCCAGGGAUAAGACAGACAAUCCAUCAAGCAGUGGCUUAAACUCUCAGGUUCAGGUCAAGUUUGGUGACCUCACCUCGCAGCUUGGUCCCAAAAUACCUGUUGAUGCCCUCCCCAUGGAGCCCCAGAUUGCCAAUGGUUUUGAGGGAUCUGUCCCCAGGGAUCAGGGACAGUCCAACACAGAGCCCUGGCCCAGUUGUUCGCCGUUGAGAUCCACACUGAACGAGGGCGACAGUGAUAAAGAAGACGAGGCCGGAUCGGUCCGGCACACGACUGACGUCAUGAACAGUUUGAAGCCGCUCCUCUACCUCCAGUCUUCGACUAGUGUCGGCCCCUCGACUCCUCCCUCCCCACACUGUGCGAGCCCUCGCCUUUCUCCUCACUCCCCUCAGAAGGAGGAAACUCGUCUCCCGAGUAACCCGUCAUCUCCUUUAACACAAAACGGGAGUAUCAAGUCUGGCAUUAAGCGUGUUAUGCACUCGGAUGAAGAUGACUCGGAGCCAGACUUAGGAAGUCCACUUGUGAUCCAGGAAAGCCCGGACUCUGUAAUGUCCUCCCCUCCCAAAUUUAAACACAGAGCAAAAAUUCGGCGCCCUGAGUUGUUUGGCUCUCCUGAAACUUCUUCUCUUGUCUCUCAUCCUCCUCAACUCUCGUCACAGGCAUCUCCUAAACCUAAACCCCGACUUGAGGAAGAGGAACGACCCGCAACACCCUGUUCUCCUUCAACAGCUCCUCAGCCACAGAGCCCCAAGGACUGCCUCCCCUCUGUUAGCACAGACUCUGCAUCAGUCCAAGAGGAGAAAUACCCAGAGCACGUGAUUGAUGAGAGGGACUCUCCUGAAAGCCCACCACCCAGUGAGAUGGGUCUUCUGGUCCCUAAGACAAGCAGCAGCCCUGAUUUGACCGAAACAUCAGAUCUAGCUGCGAACCACAACUUCCACGACCAAGAGGAGUUAAUGGAAAGUGAGCCCAGAGAAGAAGACAGGCCAGGCGACACCGAGGAGCUGAGUGAGAAGGUGGAUGGAGAUGGAGGAAAUUUAAAUGAGGAGAGCUGUGGUACUGACUCUGAGGAUCCGGUGUCUGCUAGUGCUGCAGAGGCGGUUGCACCUCCACUGCGUCCACUCAAAGUUAAAAUCAAAAUGCGUACAGGCAGCAUUACAAGGACUGUGACCGGUGUUGCACCUAAAAGAAGCGGAAGAGCCACUACCAAGGGUGCGGAUGGUUCAAAACCUUCACCAGAACUUCAUAACACGAGAUCCAAGAGGGAGUUACCACCGCAAACUCAGAUGCCUUCAAUGGCGAUGCGCCAGGAAGGUCCCCGCGCGGUCAAAGACAAAACCGCAGCGGACACCAAGCAUAAAGUUUCCCCGACAGCUGUCAGCAUCACCAAAACUGCAGCCCUGCCCUCCGUCUCAGUCUCCUUUCCCAGAGUCAGUCCAGGCGGGCUCAACCCUCGCAACCUGGCUCCGAAAAGUUUGAGCAGUGGGGUGACGCUUCCUGCGCCGUCACCUCUGCUCCAACAUCAAGGUAGCAGCAGACCUGCCUCCAUAGUUAACAGCACUGGGGCGAUCAUAUCCAAGAGCCAGACCAACCUGGUCGAAGCUUUUAACAAGAUCCUCAACAACAAAAACCUGCUGCCCAGCUAUAAACCAGACCUGAGCUCACCUCUUCCUGCAGAGUGGGGCCUUCCUCUCCCUGCACAGGGUUACCGCUGUUUGGAGUGCGGCGACGCCUUCGCUCUGGAGCAGAGCUUGGCUCGGCAUUACGCUCGGCGCUCGCUGAGGAUCGAGGUGACCUGUAAUCACUGCGCCAAAAGGUUGGCCUUCUUCAACAAGUGCAGCCUGCUUUUGCACGCCAGAGAGCACAAGGAGAGAGGCCUGAUCAUGCAGUGUUCACACCUGGUCAUGAAACCUGUACCUGUGGAGCAGAUGAUCAGCCAGCAGGAACCUGCAGCAGUCGGUGGGCUCUCUCCAUCUCUUCCGUCAUCCUCUUCAGCACCGUCAUCAUCCUUUUCAGGCCAGGCCACGCCACAACCGACACCCCAAUUGCACAAAGCAACAUCCAACAAGAAAGCAGAGGCAGGGCAGCACAUGAGUAAAUGUCCUGAGUGUCAGGCUCAGUUCAGCAGCAAAGAGGAGCUGGCUGAGCAUUUCCAAGAAAUCAAACCAGCACAAACCGCUUCAUGCACAGAGUGUUCUCCUCCCAUGCUCCUGCCCAACAGCUGCAGUGCAGCAGCUCACCAGCGCAUCCACCAAGGCUGUGCGCCACACGUCUGCCCAGAGUGCGGGUGCGCGGUCAAACAGCCGCUAUUUCAAACACACCUGGAUGAGACCUGUUUGCACUCUGCACGCCGCAUCGGAUACAGAUGUUCCAGUUGUCUCGUGGUGUUUGGAGGACUCAACUCGGUGAAGUCUCACAUCCAGCAGGCUCAUUGUGAUAUGUUCCACAAAUGCCCCAGCUGCCCCAUGGCUUUCAAGUCUGCUCCGAGCAUCCAGAACCACAUCAGUGCCCAACAUCCAACGCAGACUGAAGGACAGACCAUGUCGAUCUAUAAAUGUGUCAUGUGUGACACAGUUUUUACAAACAAGCCCCUGCUGUACGUCCACUUUGACACUCAUUUAACCAAUCAGAAGGUACAUGUUUUUAAAUGCCCCGAGUGUACCAAGUUAUUUUCUCAGAGGAACUCUCUACUGGACCAUUUCAAGACCCAUAAGACUCCCACUUUAAAACAAGAGUUGCCUUCAGCUCCAGCUGCUUCCUCUCGUUCGCGUCCUUCAUUGAAGUUAGAGAGCUCAGAUGGGGAGGAAUUGAUGGAAAAGGACAAAGAAGAGAAAGUGAAGACGGAAAGAACAAAGACGCCCUCAGGAUGGAAGUGUGCGCCUUGCCACGCACGCUUCACAGACCGGGAAAACUACAUCACCCAUAUGGCCGAGCAACACAGCAAGGCUCUGAAGAAGUUCCCUUGUAACAAGUGUGAGAGCUCCUUUACCACCACCUCCAGUUUGAGACGUCACAUCAGGGACAAACACAAAGCCAUGAAUCGUGGCUUUCGCUGCCAGUUCUGUAGUGAGAGUAAGAAAACAUUCAGCAGCAGAGCGAUGUUGGAGAGGCAUAUACAGCUGAGACACAGCAUGGGCACGGAAAGCCAGGGCACCUUAAUGGGAGGCGGAGAGGAGGCCGACAGUUCCUCAGAACACGACGGCAGUUCGGGGCCUCGCAGGAGACGAAGAGGAGCUGUGAAGAUGGAGCAGGACGAAGAGUCCACAGAUGGGGUGAGUCCAGUAAAGAAGUCGCAGUCCUCCUCCUCCUCCUCUGCUCCUGCCCCAUACACCACUCCCGAAUCUGGGUUCCGCUGUGCCCCCUGCGGCUUCACCACAGAGGACCAGGCGGUGUUCCUGGAGCACAUCAGCCAGCAUCGACGUGGGGCGACAGAGGGUGGAGGUCAGCAGUGUGUACAGUGCGGCGCCUGCUUCACAUCCAUCUCCUCCCUGUCGCGCCAUCGCUUCAUCAUCCACAAAGUGAGAAAUGCAUUCACCGACAACCAGCAAUCCCUCAGUGCACACCCGGCACGUUCCCCCGGUAACAGCAAGAACCACGACGAUAAGAGUUCUCUGGACGGUUCGGCACCAGCGUCGCCCUCCUCUCAGGGGAUGGAAGAGGAGGGCACGCUGGCCUGUAAGGUGUGCCGCAAACAAUUUGAAAAGGCUUCGGAUCUGAAUACGCACUUCCGAACUCACGGUAUGGCUUUUAUCAGUGCAAGGAACGCAGGAAAAACUACCUAAGUGCCAAAUACGUGGGGGAAGAGCAUUGGUUAGUUGAUAAAAGAAAGAAGUGCCUUAUUUAUCGUCACACUUAUGCACUAAUUUAACCAAAGAUGGGUAGAACAGAGUUUGUAUGUGAAUAGAUUGUAAAAGAAAAAUGUGAUUUUCACUGGUCGAGAUCAGCCUUAACCUUCUACUUCUGAUACUCAGGAUCUAAAGCUGCAUUUCUGUGUUCAGUAAAGAUACUAAUGAGAUUAGAGCUACUUCCCGGUCAGUGAACAGUUCACUGCUGCAGCCACAUUCACAUAAUCAUGUGAGAACUGUGAAUGUUGGAACCAAAUCCCACUGUGAUUACGAAGGCUGUCGUUGAAAGACAGCGAUGGAAUGUUUCGAUUUCAAUGUUUUCAUCCUACUGAGCAGAUUGUUGAUUUGCAUUUGAUUAUACAUUUAUUUUUUACAUUCAUUUAGAGAAUCAUUGUGUUGCUUUAGAGUAUGUUAGCUCAGUUUCUAUUGUGUGUGUGUGUGUGUGUAUACUUUCAACUUAUUGCCGGCCAUUUUCACAAUCAUAGAAGAACAUUUCAGGUUGAUUCCCAACUUUGAAUGACAUUAAUCCAUUUAUUUGAUUCAGACUUGAACUUUUAACAGUUCCUUGCUGAGCUGCAGCGGAGGGACACAAAUAAAAACGAGUACACUUUGAACCAAAAAGACUGAAACUUUGUAAAUUCCCAUUAUAUUAAUCUGAAGUUUGGAAUGAGGACUGUGGAUUUUAUCCCCCAUCAUUACAUUGGAGCUAUCUCUUUAUUGCCAUUAUAGGCAUGAAGAAUAAUUCACCAGUCACCAGCAACUCAAUGAAAAUAGGAGGUUUUUUCUUUACUGUGUUUCAAAAGAGACUUCAACGAAAUGUGAAUCCAUCCUUUUUAAUGUGUCGUGGUAUUGGUAACCUGUGAGUUUUAAGUCCCUGCAUGUUUAUAUUUGUAUUAUACUUGAUGUUGACUAAUAACUUUGGGAAAGAUGGGAAUGCAAUCUGAAGGUUUAAACUAUGCUUUGGGAAAUGGACAGCGGUAAUCUGAAGUGCAUACAAGUUGUAAUUGAACUGAAAGUUUAAUUUUUUUAAAGGAAUGUACUGUAUCAGAUUAACUGAUUUGUUCCUUCUCUGUGUGCAAGAGAUGGAAGUAAAAUGUGGUUUGGCUUUUUCGGUUUGGGCGAUGUAUUUGUCUAAAUGUUUAUUUUAAUAAGAUUAUUGUAAAACGAUCAGUAAUCAUGUAUGUGAAUAUGAUUCCUUAUGCUUUUCUAAGAAGAUGAUAACAUGUUGAACUUUGCAUUUAAAUAUUUUCUUCUGCGUAUCUGACUUCAGCACUAGUAAACUAGAUGAAAAUAAUCGGACAGGGUAUUUCAGGGGGUAAAGUCAGGUUAGCCAGCUUUGUGAAACACCCUGCAGGUCGUGUUAUUGACGGACAGGUGACAGCUUAGCUUCCACAUCAACGCAGAAACACAUGAAACUGAAAAAAAUGAAAACAAAAAUGUUGCUUGGUAUAGAGAGUUGUUUUGAAUGCUGUGUUUUGAUUUAAUUCCUACGUUUAGUGGCACCAUUUUUUAAAAAACAUUUUUUAGCUUAUGUCUCAGCCUGCUGGUCUGCUGAAAUAUCGCUGACCACAGAAUCCUAGAUUGAACUAAUAUCCAUGCGUCUGUAUGAGUUUUAGAAACAAAUAAAGAACUAUUCCUUUAUUGUGCUGUAAUCAUCAUCAUCAUCAGUGACCUGUUAGCGCUCGUGUUUACUUUCUCAGGAGAUCAUCCAACGCUUUAACUUUCUGUUUUUGCAUUUACAAGACCAAAUGUUUCUAAAAAAUGAUUAAUAAAAACUGGCACAUUG